AUGAGCCAAAAGGAGAAAACUUCGGAUAACAAAUAUUUUACCGUCCAGGGGCUCAAAGAACAUCUACAAAAAAGGAACCAAGAGUUCGAUUCCAUCCUCGAUUGUGGUCUUUAUAGAAUGAAUAAAGAGAUCACAUCACUGUUGGCUGUAUAUGACUACUUGACGCCAGAAGAAAUAACAACACGAUUUUACCAACUAACAAUUGUUCAGGCUCAAAAAGCCCGGAAUCAAAAGCGUCAGGGCUCAGAAGCUCGUCGCAGAAGUUUCUGUUGGAGGCAUUUAUGGAAUAAACUCAAAUUCUGGAAUAUUAGAACUUCGAAGAAAUCGGAAGGAAAGUAG